AUGUCCGAUAUCAUCCUUCCGCAAACUCACUAUGACGUCAUUAUUGUUGGCACCGGCAUGGAAGAAAGUAUUCUUGCUGCAGCACUGAGUAGAGCUGGUAAAAGAAUUCUUCAUUUAGAUGUACACGAAUCGUAUGGAGCACAAUACAGUACUCUCAAUCCCAAUGAAUUAUUUGAAUUUAUUUCGAAUGUGAGUCCACCACUGGAUAGUAGUAGUACCACCACGACCACGACCACGACCACCACUGAGAAGGAUCACACUCGGAAUGAUGAAUCUUUACAUUCUCCUGUAUACCAUUCUUCAUUUUCAUUAUUGAAACCACCACAUUUAUUGAAUGACCCUACUAAAUUCUUGAUCAAUACUUUAAAUUCAUCCCUUCAAAGAAAAGUCAUGAUUGAUCUCUGUGGAUUGCAUUUAUUGUAUUGUCGUGGUCCAAUGGUUGAUUUAUUGAUCAAGUCAGGAGUGGCACGUCAUUUGGAAUUUCGAUGUUUAGAUUCUAUUUACAUGUUUGAUCAGGAACAUGAAAGUAAUCCAUUCAAAAAUCCAAUCAAUGUCAUUGAUAACACGACCACUCCUCACACACGUACUACUACUACUAGCAAUGUAAACAUGAAUUCACAACACUUUCAAAUGGAUGGUUCAAAAUUAUUUCAAAUUGUUCCAACUACCAAAGGAGAAGUAUUUAAAACAAAAUUUAUUUCUCUCAAAGAAAAGAAUCGAUUAGUUAAAUUUAUUACAUUUUGUAUGGAAUUACCAUCAGAUUUAAAUUCAUCCAUUGAGUCUGAAGAAACAAAUACCAACUUUAAACUCUAUAAGGAAUAUGAACAUGAAUCCUUUGAUCUAUUUUUAAAGAAAACUCAACUACUUGGAAAUGAAGAGAAUUCUAAAUUGAAAUCUAUCAUUAUUCAUGCACUGGCUCUAUUAGAUUCUCAAACGAGUUAUACCACGCAUCAAGUCAUUUCUCGAAUCAAAUAUUUUAUUUCUAGUUUAGGAAGGUUUGGAAACGGUGGAGCCUUUUUAUAUCCAUUGUAUGGACAGAGUGAAUUUGUUCAAGCCUUUUGUCGUGUGAGUGCAGUCUUUGGUGGUGUCUAUGUAUUGAGAAGAGGAAUUCAGAGUGAUCAAGCUAUUGAAUUUAUUGAAAAUGAAUAUUAUGAUUCAUCUCAGUCUAUGGCUACCAAUGAUAUUAAUACCACCACUACUACAACUACCAAUGAUAUUAAUACCACCACUACUACCACCAAUACCACAAGUCAUGAUGAUCCAUAUAUUGAAGAAAAUUAUUAUUCCAAAGAAAAACAAAUCAUUCGAAUUCAGAGUGGACUUCAAACAUUUACUUGUGAUCAUUUGAUCGUGAAUCGAGAUACCAUCAUGAAGGACAUGCCACCAAUGAUGACCAACCUCAAUGAUGAGACUUGUUCCAAGAAUACUCCAAGUAGUUGUAGUAGUACUGCAACCCCAACUACUGCAACCACUGCAACUACUGCAACUACUGCAACUACUGCAACUACUGCAACUACUGCAACUAGUACACCAAGUACUACUACACCAUCAACUCCAAGUACUACUACCAAUAAUACUACUACAACUACAACUUCAACCCUCAAUGAUACUACGACUCCUUCUUCUCACACGUGUCUCAUCAAGACAGUCAUUGUCGGUGAUGAACCUCUCUUCUCAUCCAUGAAUGCAUUAGCUAUUAUACCACCUGGUACCAUAAAAAUUCAAAGAAAGAAAGAUUCAUCUUGUAGUAGUACUAUUCAUAGUGAUUCAUAUGAACAACGCUUUAGUAUUUAUAUAACUCAAAUGGAUUAUACGAGUUGUACAUGUCCACGUGGAAAGUAUUUAUUUACUCUUCAAACAAGAUGCAAUGACAAUCACGAAACACAAGAUCAUCAUUGUGGAAUGCUUGAACAAGAAGAAUUGACAUGUAUCAUGUUGGAAGAGUGUGUGAAACGAUUAUUCAAUAUUAUUCAUACAAGUCGUCAUGGUGAUGAUACAUUCAUGGUGGCAGAAAAUACCAUGAGGAAUAAUAAUAAUACUUAUAAUAAUACUACUCCUACUACCACAAUGAAUAAUAAUAGUGUGGAUCUGACUACUAGUAGUACUUUAGAGGGUGCUACUACUACUACUACUGCUACUACUACUACCACGAAUACAACCAAUCCUAUGACUAUGACUCCUCCUCAAGCAACUCUCCCCACUCCUCUACCCUUCUCUCUGUACACGAUUUACAAACAAGUCAUUCGAUCCAUACCACCACCACCACAAACAACAACAACAACAACCAAUCAUUCCAACCCUGAAAGUAGAAUUCACAUGUGUCAUGAUGCAUCUGCUGAUAUUUUACAAUUUGAGAGUGGAAUGAUUGAACAUGUUCAACAAGUAUUUCAUUCCAUUGUUGGUCAUGAAUGUGAAUUCUUACAGAAAAUACCUGAUCCCAAUGAACAAGAAAGAAAUGAAGAAGAAGAGGCACUCUAUGAUGAAACUACAAAAUUAUUGGGAAUUGAAAAAGGUCAUGUAGUAGAUUCUAUGACUGAAUCCAGUCCGAUGAGUAGUAGUAGUAGUGCUACUACAACGACUACCACUAUGACUACCACUACUAUGGGAGCAUUGGACAGUAACAGUACUACUACUACUACUAGUGGUGAUGGUGGUUCUUCUUCGGAAGAGACCAUUGUACCUACUACUGACAAAGACACAGACUCUUGA